CCCGGUCUGGACUUCCGGACGGUUACCAUGGUAUUAUCUUUCAGUCCAAAUACAGCAAUAGUGACCGUAAGUGUGUUCAGAUGUCGAAGAUCACAGCUCUGCUGGAACAAGAAACUUGGGUGGCUGUGGAUGCACCCCCAGAGUUCCAGGUUAUUGUUGACAUUCUGGUUGAUGGCCUUAUCACGAGAGGUACAGGCACUGACUUUGGUGGGCAUGGAUCCGGAAUAAGCGCUGUCAAUGGGAUAGACACGAGUUUGGAUGGCUCCUUGGAUGCAACCCUUCUACCGCAUCAGGGAAGCUCGAAUGCCAAAGGUGGAGAGCAGACAGGUAAUGGUGUGGCGGUUCCGGAUCCCAGCAAAGAGCGAGAUGACGAUGGCGGAAGGCAUGAGAGGAGAGCUACGGUCGGCGAGGAGGGACCUGCGGAGAAAUCACAACCGUCAGAUGCUGCAGCAACCUCCGAAGAUCCACCAAGAGCUGCAGCAGAAAGCCAACGAGCAGAACCUAGUGGCGGUGAUGCGGAGGCUGCAAAGGCAUCAGAAGUAGGAGAAGCGGGACCCUCGGGGGCUCCAGGGCCCUCGCCGGAGAAUGUGAAGAGAGAGACUGGGGAUGGGGUAGAUAGUGCUCGAUCGGGAGGCGCAUCAUCAGAGCUCAGAGAGGGUCGGUCUAGUGCAGACUCGACGACAGGAUCAAAUGGCUCGUCAACGGCUUCGUCGGUGGCAGUUGGGAAGGGGAAGAAGGUCAAAGAGAAGCAAUCCAUAAGGACUCUUGUUGUGAGAGAAUCCAAGUUUCACGUCGUAGGAAGUGCCUUAAUUUUGCUGAAGAUGAUUGCCGAGUACGUCGACAUUGCAAACUUCUUGCCAGCUCUUGCCACGGAAGUCGUGCAUAGAGUUGCGGAGAUUUUGAAGUUCUUCAACUCAAGGACAUGCCAACUUGUGCUUGGAGCUGGUGCCAUGCAGGCCAAGCUUCCGGCCGUUCUGCGUUCAUACCGGGAGAGUCUUAUCACGGACAUUAAGGCAGCCAUCAAGUGUGUCGUCGGGGAGUUGCUCCCACUGCUCUUCUCCAAGGCAGACAAUAUGGUGGAUGGUGAAGCAGCGGUAGAUAAGUCGUCUGCCGACGCUGAUGUUGGCGUGUCCCUUGCAUCCAAACUAAGAUCUCUUUUGCCGGAGGCAUUCAUGCAUUUACUGUCUGCAGUUUUUGCAAUUGUUCAGGCAAGGCUAGCGCGUGCUGCAAAAGUGCGGAUGGUAAUAGAACAUAUUAUUGAUGGUCUUGGCGAUAGCUAUGUGGCCGAAGCUGUGGCAGCUGCGGUGGCAUCUGGUGCCGCAACUGCUGCUGCAGCAGAGGCUGCUUCGACAAAUAAAGCAGCUUCCAUCAAGUCAGGUCUUGUCUCCACUGGUCCAGACUCAGCAAGCGGGAAAUCAAUGGGGAUGGAGAAUGCCCUAGCCAAGUCAGGGGCAUUCUCAUCUUCAGGAGCGGGUGCUGGGAAUGCGGCAAUUACUGUUGCGAGCACGUCACGCCAGUUCAGGGCAGAUGUUUUGCGCGAGAACACAGAAGCGGUAUGUGCUGCGUGUGAUGCUGCCCAUGGGAGGUGGGCUAAGCUGCUCGGCGUCCGUGCUCUCGUGCAUCCAAAGCUGCGGCUUCAUGAGUUUGUGGAAGUCUAUACGGAAACGCAGCAGUUCAUCGCGGAAACAGAAAAGAUCGGUGGGCGCAUCGGAUACAGCAUUCGUGGUUCUUUGCAGUCCCAGUGCAAGGCUUUUAUAGACACGCAGCAUGCGGGCAAGGUAUUUGUUCUUUGUACACGUUGUGCAUUCGGCGGAUAAUAGUUUUGGUAAUCAAUGCCUCAACAGAGUUGUAUGUGUAGUAGUUCGAGGGUUUUCUUUGUGGAGGGGUCAAAAUGAAGCAGCCCUUUUCUG